AGACUACCCUUCGCCGCCGGCGAAUCCUUCCGCUCGCUCCGCUGUAACCACCGGAGGGAAGUGGUUUUUUUCACUACAGAGACCAAAGCAAGAUCUCACCUCUCAAUCACAUGGAAUGUUUCCAGAUUGAGUUUGUAGUGUCAGAACAGAAAGUACAAUAGUCAUGAAGUUGAUCUCACUUGUCAGAAAUGUUCAUUGUCGUCUCAAGGCAACUCAGCAUCAGCAAGUUCGUUUCUUCCAGCAUGACUUUGUUCCUCGAGAUCCCAAAGCCAAACCAAAGAAAUACAAGUACCCGCCUGCAUAUGACCCGUAUGGCCCGAGACCCGCCCCUGCCAACAAAAUCAUAGAGCUAGCUGAGUGUAUAGCCGCACUACCUCUGGAAGAACGCAGAUUAAUCGGCCCUAUGCUCCAUGAACGGCUGAAACACCCGAAACUCCAGGCUGUGUCAAUUGAAGGCAUGGAUAUAGGUGGAAAACCAGAGUCUGGACCAGGAAAAGCUGAGGAGAAGAAGAAGGAAAAGACAGCGUUUGAUGUGAAGCUCGAGAAAUUUGAUGCGUCGGCAAAGAUAAAGGUGAUAAAAGAAGUGAGAGCGUUCACGAAUUUGGGGCUGAAGGAGGCGAAGGAGCUCGUGGAGAAAGUUCCGGCCGUCGUCAAACAAGGGGUUACAAAGGAAGAAGCUAAUGAGAUCAUUGAGAAGAUCAAAGCUGCAGGUGGAGUUGCAUCCAUGGAAUGACUGAUUUUCUUUUUUAUACUCUCUUCAUUUUUUGGUUCUUUUUCUUUUGAUUUGCCUCUCGUGACUCGUGUUGUGUUGUUUUUGCACAUCUCGAUGAACUGAAAAUAUUUCAGACUAAACAUUCACGUACAUCAAAA